AUGAUCUGGUUUGUAGAAAAGGAAGAAAGGAAGAAAGAAAGAAAGGAAGGAAGAAAGAAAGGAAAGAAUAUCUUUUAUAGAGGGAGGCAGCAGCAGCAGAAACAACAGUGA